AUGGCAGCGGCGGGGACGGCGGCGACAACGGCAGCGGCGAGACGAGGCGAUGGCGGCACGCGGCGGCGCGCGACGCCGGCGGCCCGGCUGCCCGCGCUUUUGCUGGCGGCGGCGCUGAGCCUGGUCCAGGUUUCAGCCGUAGAAGUCUACACACCAUCGGAACUCUCUGUGGAGAAUGGGACAGAGGCAAAACUGGAAUGCACAUUCACAUCUACAGAGGUGAUCAGCAGUGCAGCUUCUGUGACCUGGAGCUUUCAAGCAGAGGGAGCACCUUCUAUUGUAUCGUUCUUCUAUUAUUCCAAUGGAAAGGCAUAUCCUGGGAAAGAUGUAUUUAAGGACAGAAUCAGCUGGUCUGGAGAUCUUAACAAGAAAGAUGCAUCCAUCAGUAUCGCAAACAUGCGGUUUCAGGACAAUGGCACGUAUGUCUGUGAUGUGAAGAACCCUCCAGAUAUAGUUGUCACUCCAGGAGAAAUCAAACUCAGAGUCGUGGAGAAAGGUAGCGUGCCUGUAUUUCCCCUUGCUCUUGUGGCAGGGGUAGCCAUUAGUGGAGUUCUGGGUUUAGUUUUGCUCAUCGUUCUCAUCGUAUGCAUUGUAUACAGAAAGAAGAAUUCUAAAAAGCAUUACUCUGGCUGCAGUACAUCUGAGAGCUUGGUGUCUCCGGUUAAGCAGGCUCCAAGGAAGUCCCCCUCCGACACAGAGGGUCUGGUAAACAGCGUGCCCAUCCGAUCGCACCAGGGCCCAGUAAUUUAUGCACAGUUAGAUCACUCUGGCGGGCAUUACAGUGACAAGAUCAUCAAGUCAGAGUCUGUGGUCUAUGCUGACAUUCGGAAGAACUGAGGAGAUCCCGACCUACCCAAAGCUAAACAAAAAUUCUAACUGGAAUCGCUUGAAGAAAAUUGACCCAGAGAACUCACAUGUGGCCUUUGAUGCCUAGGCUAGGACCAAUGCAUGUGCAUACAGAGAGAAAGAGAUUAUAUAUGUAUUGUGUGUAAAUAGUCUAUUUAAUCGUACAGAAAUGAGACCAAUGUUGCAUGAUGAAAUAUGGUAAAAAGUCUGCUUAAUGAAUUACCAAUAUUUUUUUUUGUAUCUAGGAUAAGGGGAAGAAAGUGAAAAUUCAUAUUACAUCUUUUAGAUAACUUGUCUUAAUAGUUAUGUGGAAAACUGGAAAUUUCCUGGAUAUUCUAAAUGGGUUUGAUACUUUUGUUUUUACAGGUUCUGUUUC